GUUUACAAGAAGAGAACGAGAGAAGAAUUGUGUGUUCACUGUGUUGUGUAGAGAGAGAAAAACAGAGAUGGGUGUAGUAGAGGAAGCUCACAACGUGAAGGUGAUUGGCUCAGGAAAUCAAGCUACGAUCGUAUUGGGUCACGGAUUCGGCACGGACCAGUCAGUGUGGAAACACCUGGUCCCACAUCUCGUCGAUGAUUACCGCAUCGUGCUCUACGACAACAUGGGAGCCGGUACGACCAACCCUGACUAUUUCGACUUCGAUCGUUACUCAACUCUCGAAGGUUUCUCUUUCGAUUUGAUUGCAAUCUUGGAAGAUCUUCAAAUCGAGUCUUGUAUCUUUGUUGGUCACUCUGUUUCCGCCAUGGUCGGUGUCUUGGCUUCUCUUAACCGACCUGAUCUCUUCUCCAAAAUCGUCAUGAUUUCUGCUUCCCCAAGAUACGUGAACGAUGUUGAUUACCAAGGUGGAUUCGAGCAAGACGACCUAAACCAGCUCUUCGAAGCGAUGCGAAGCAAUUACAAAGCGUGGUGCUUAGGUUUCGCUCCACUCGCCGUCGGCGGCGACUUAGACUCAGUCGCCGUUCAAGAAUUCAGCAGAACGCUCUUCAACAUGCGUCCUGACAUAGCGCUCUCCGUGGCUCAGACCAUUUUCCAAAGCGACAUGAGACAGAUCUUGCCUUUUGUCGCUGUCCCUUGUCACAUCCUCCAAAGCGUUAAGGAUUUAGCCGUACCAGUCGUCGUCUCCGAGUAUCUUCACACCAAUCUCGGAUCCGAAUCCGUCGUCGAGGUUAUUCCUUCCGAUGGUCAUCUUCCUCAGCUUAGCUCGCCGGAUUCUGUCAUUCCCGUCCUCCUCCGUCACAUUCGCAACGACAUCGCUGUCUGAUGAGAAGUUUUUUUUAAUUAAAUUUAACGAAAUAAAUAAUCGAAAAAAUUAUAUAUCUGAUGUGAUAUGUCUGUCAUAUUGAGAAUAUCGUUUCGUUGUCGUUUGGUUCUGAUUCGUUUCUCUUGGAUUAUGUAUGAUCGUUGUUGUUCUUAUCUUUAUUUUUAACGAGAAGUCUUUUGUCUUUUGUGUCCAGCUUUGCUCGACACCUCAAUUAUUGCUGUGCUCAUUAUAAUGUCGAUGUAACCUUGAAAGUUCGUGA